AUGAGGGUUUUCAUGAUGGAUUCUGUUCUCCUUAAGGAAGGCAUGGCCGAGGCCGCCGGCUCCGGCAGGGACUGCCUGCAGGCGGGCGAGUCCUGCAGCCACGACCCGGUGUGCAGCGCCAAGUUCCGCACGCUGCGCCAAUGCAUCGCGGGCAACGGGGCCACCAAGCUGGGCCCCGGGGCCAAGAGCCAGUGCCGCAGCACCGUGAGCGCCCUGCUCUCCAGCCAGCUCUACGGCUGCAAGUGCAAGCGCGGCAUGAAAAAGGAGAAGCACUGCCUGAGCGUCUACUGGAGCAUCCACCACACGCUGAUGGAAGGCAUGAAUGUCCUGGAGAGUUCCCCUUACGAGCCGUUCGUCAGGGGCUUCGAUUACGUCCGGCUGGCAUCCAUCACUGCAGGCUCAGAGAACGAGGUGACGCAGGUGAAUCGCUGUCUGGACGCCGCCAAGGCCUGCAACGUGGACGAGACGUGCCAGCGGCUGCGCACCGAGUACGUGUCGCUGUGCAUCCGCCGCCUGGCGCGGGCCGACGCCUGCAACCGCGCCAAGUGCCACAAGGCCCUGCGCAGGUUCUUCGACCGCGUGCCCCCCGAGUUCACCCACGAGCUGCUCUUCUGCCCCUGCGACGACACGGCCUGCGCCGAGCGCCGCCGCCAGACCAUCGUCCCGGCCUGCUCCUACGAGGCCAAGGACAAACCCAACUGCCUGGCGCCCCUGGACUCCUGCCGGGAAAACUACGUGUGCAGGUCCCGCUAUGCAGAGUUCCAGCUGAACUGCCAGCCCUCGGCGCAGGCUGCGAGCGGCUGCCGCAGGGACAGCUACGCCGCGUGUCUGCUGGCCUACACCGGCAUCAUCGGCAGCCCCAUCACCCCCAACUACAUCGACAACUCCACGUCCAGCAUCGCUCCCUGGUGCACCUGCAACGCCAGCGGCAACCGGCAGGAAGAGUGUGAGAGCUUCCUGCACCUCUUCACCAACAACGUCUGUCUGCAAAACGCCAUCCAGGCCUUUGGCAACGGGACCCACCUGAACACAGCCGCGGCCCCGUCCAUCCCCCCCACCACACAGAUGUACAAGCAGGAGCGAAAUGCCAACAGAGCUGUGGCCACGCUCAGAGAGAGCAGCCUGGAGCACCUCCAGCCCACCAAGGUGGCUGGAGAGGAGAGGCUCCUGCGUGGCUCCACUCGUUUGUCCUCAGGGACGUCCAGCCCAGCAGCCCCUUCCUGCUGGGCCCCUUCUCUGCUGCAGAUGUGGCUCCUGCUCCCUCCAGCUGUGCUGAGCCUGCCCGUGAUGUGAGGCAGGGCUGGCACACACCAGGCAGAGACUCGAUUUGUGUUGGUUUCUUUACUGAGCAACCACACCAGUAACUGUUUCAGGAGGAGAGCAGGGAGAAGGGAGGGGAAGGGAAGGCAAGGUGAGUGUUUGGCACCCC